AUGCCGAGGAAUUAUAAAAGAAGACUUGGAUCACUCCGUUACGUGGAUUAUGCCCCAGAGAUCCUAGAAGCUGCUCUCAAAAAGAUGGUAGAAGAUGGAUGGUCCCUCCGUCAAGCAUCGGCUGCACAUAAUAUCCCUUUUGGUACCCUUCGGAAUAAGUAUAUGGGAAUCAGAACUCUAAAAUCUGAAGGUCAAACAGUUUUUUCAAAUGCGGAAGAGCUUGCCUUCGUAAAAACAGUAACUAUCUGUUCAGAUUGGGGAUUCCCACUUACGCUUACUGAUUUGCGCUAUAUAGCUAAAAGCUAUCUGGAUAGUCAGGGUCGCAAUAUUGGAAAGUUUAGAGCAAACAUGCCUGGAACAGAUUGGGCUCGUUCUUUCUUACAACGACUUAAGAAAGAUAUUCGCCAAAAAGUUGCAUCGAACAUCAAGAGAGCUCGGGCCAAUGUUUCAAGGGAAGAUAUAGUCCAUUAUUUUGAAAAUUUGAGUGAAACAUUAAAGGACAUCCCAGCUUGUAAUAUAUUCAACUAUGAUGAAACAAAUGUGCAGGAUGAUCCCGGAAAACAAAAAAUGCUGUUUCGGCGCGGCACAAAGUACCCUGAAAGGAUAUGCAACUUUACCAAAACUGCUACUACCAUAAUGAUGUGCGGGUCGGCUUCUGGUGUGCUGCUUCCACCAUACGUUAUUUAUAAGGCUGAGAAAAUGUGGAAGCAGUGGAUUGAGCUCGGUCCCAAGGGCGAGCCUUGCUGCAACAAUAGAUGCUGCAGUGUCGGCUCGCGAUAUAAUCGGACCCAACAUAGAUGGAUGGACGCUCAAACGUUUACAGAUUGGUUUGAAUCAUCUUUCCUUCCUCAUGCAAAAUCUCUUCCUGGUCGGAAAGUGUUAAUUGGAGACCUGUCUUCCCAUUUCACAGAAAGCGUUUUAAGACAGUGUAGAGAAAACGAUGUCGCUUUCGUUUGCCUCCCAAAGUGUUCGACCAAUCUCACUCCAUUAGCCAGCCAUUAG